GCAUCGCGAGCACCGGUUGUCCUUCCCUACUCUCCGGACGUUGGGAGUUAAGAUGGCGGCGGGUAGGGGGAGCGUCAUCUUGAAAACAGUGAAAGAAAUUAUCGUGCAGUUCUGUCCCUUCGAGUCUAAUGUCCGUGGCGCCAGGGAAUUUCUUGCUGCAAUAGGAACAGAAAAGGCACGUCUAACAAACUCCAAUUGCCGGAUUGUAGCCGAUGUAAAGCAUGAUGAGACAGAACCUGUUAUAUCAAUCACAUUCAAUGAUGGGGAAAGAUUGAUCAUGAAAGCAGCAAACUUGACAAGCAGGGAGAUGCUGUCAUUUUUUGAUGAGAGGUGCUUUGCAAAGGACCCUCAGGCACAUGAGAAGGCAUCAAAAAAAAGCCACUAACAUUAAAUUGGAUAUUCCUGUUA